GUCGAGUGUAUCCGAGUAAACUGUACAUUUCAACUGUACAAAUUGUGACUACUGUACGGGUCUCUUCUGAUCUCUUCAGAUUUAGAGCCAGUGACAAGACAGAAGAUUGUACAUUAUGGCAUCUGAGAUACUUCUACUGCUUUUAUUGGCUGUUACCGUCACCGCGUCAUCUUAUAGGAGAUGCACUAACUUGGGCAACCUUCCACUCCAGAACAAUAAGCGCCUCACCCACCACACCUUUUUGUCCAUACAAAUGACAGGUCUUAUGUCAUGUGCCCGGGCUUGCGCAAACAGGGGACGCUGCAAAUCCUUCAACUUCCUUCUCGGAUUCGGGACGUGUGAGCUCAACCAGGCCAACUAUGCCGAGACGGGCACAAUCACCGUUGAGACUUCGUGGGUGUAUUAUGACAUUGAAGGGUUCCCUCAGUCAGUGCGACAGCAGUGCAAGGAUGUCUCGUGUGGUUAUAACGAGACUUGUGAGAUUUCCUCGUCACUACAACCAUACUGUAAUACAUGCAGCAUCGAAACAGGCUGUGGAGUAUGCUACCCUAUUUCAGAGGUUACAGGGAGGUGGUACCGAUCGUACGGCUGCUUCAAGUCAACACCCGGAAAGGUUCUGCCUGAACUCCAUGUCAACCUACGAAGCUCCAUUGUCUGGCCUAAUCUUAAAAAGACAAUAGAUGCCUGUGCCAGUGCAUCUGCCUCAACGAACAGGGAGUUUUUCGGGAUACAAUUCUACGGUGAAUGUUACAUUGGGAAUGCCACCGAAGCCAACUUCCUGACGCCAGUGACCAUCAACGAAUGCGCCACUGCCUGCCCGAAUGCCGUUGGUGACGGUUCAUCUACGCAGGUGUAUCAGUGGAUAUAAAGAGUUAGGUAGAUAGGUAGCCUAAUGGUUAAAGCGUCACGCUGAAGACCCGGGUUCGAUU